AUGAUGUAUUUUAUAUUGGGUUCUGAAAUAGCUGUUUCAGCUAACAUAAAGAAACUAAAGUCUGUAGAAAGAAUCAAAGAAAGUAUUAUGUUAAGAAUAAGAAAUUUUCUUUAUUUUCCUAUAAGUUUUCAACUAAGCAUCACUAAGUCGAAUUUUGGUUGGAAUAGUUCUACUUCGCAAUAUGAUACAUUUUCCUCACAACUAGGUAUUGUAUGGAUUUUGAAGGGUUUUGAAUUUAUUGGAUAUGGCUUGAAAAUAUAUAUCCCAAAGUUUAUCAAAUUUAAAUCUGAUCCAAAUUUAUUGAAUACGUCUUUAAGAAUGUAA